CCGCAUUUAGAAAACUAAGAUAUUGGAGGCUAAUGUUAUGCAGGACUUGGAUGGAACCAUGGAUGUUCUUUGUAGCUCUAUGUAGUAUCGGUACCGGGUAUUUCAUUGGUUCAUCAAUACAAACACUUCCAACAAAUAAGAUUACUAAAGUUUAUUCAGGCUCGUCGAUGUGCUACAUUGUUGAAUCUGAACUUUCAAGCUCAGGCCAAGGAUUCAGAACAGUUGAUAGCACUAGUAUAUAUGUAGCAACAAAUCCACGAGGAGCUGAAGGAUUGCCUCCAGAUAUUGUAGAACCAUAUUCAGAUCUUUAUCUUAAUGAAUUUCUUGAAAGUUCGAGAAAGGAAUCAGCAGUAAAACCCAAGUACUUACUGGCUUUAACAGUGGGGUAUAAUCAGAAGAAAAUAGUUGAUAAAAUUAUCUCCAAGUUCUCAGAGAACUUUUUGAUUGUUUUGUUCCAUUACGAUGGGAGAGCAAGUUCCUGGGAUGAUUUGGAAUGGUCACGUCGAGCAAUUCAUAUAAGUUCAAGAAAACAAACUAAAUGGUGGUAUGCGAAGCGAUUUCUUCAUCCUCACAUUGUAGCUGCCUACGAUUUCUUCAUCCUCACAUUGUAG